GUUUCUAUAAAAUCUCAAACUCACUGGUUUCAUUUUCUAAGAAAAGCAGCUGCGCAAUAUGUCGUUGAGACCGAGCAGUAGAACUGAGGUACGUCGUAACCGCUACAAGGUGGCGGUUGACGCGGAGGAAGGCCGCCGUAGAAGGGAAGACAACAUGGUGGAGAUCCGGAAAAGCAAGCGCGAAGAGAGUUUACAGAAGAAGCGUCGUGAAGGCCUCCAAGCUCAACAAUUGCCCGCUUCUCUUCAAUCUUCAAACGUCGAGAAAAAAUUGGAGAGUCUUCCUUCGAUGGUUGCCGGCGUUUGGUCCGAUGACGGCGCGGCACAGCUAGAAGCAACAACUCAGUUCCGUAAAUUGCUUUCAAUUGAGCGGAGUCCCCCAAUUGAAGAAGUGAUACAGUCUGGCGUCGUUCCUCGCUUUGUGGAGUUCCUUAUGAAGGAAGAUUUCCCACAGCUUCAGUUUGAGGCUGCUUGGGCGCUAACAAAUAUUGCUUCUGGAACAUCUGAGAAUACGAAGGUAGUUAUUGAUCAUGGGGCUGUUCCUAUAUUUGUAAAGCUUCUUGGUUCCCCAAGUGAUGAUGUUCGAGAACAGGCUGUGUGGGCAUUGGGGAAUGUUGCUGGAGAUUCCCCUAGAUGUCGUGAUCUUGUUCUUAGUCACGGGGCUUUGAUGCCGCUGUUAGUUCAGUUGAAUGAACACUCAAAGUUGUCAUUGCUGAGAAAUGCGACUUGGACAUUAUCAAAUUUCUGCAGGGGCAAGCCGCAGCCUCCAUUUGAUCAGGUGAGGCCUGCUCUUCCCGCGCUUGAACGUCUCAUUCACUCAAACGAUGAAGAAGUUCUCACUGAUGCCUGUUGGGCUCUAUCGUAUCUGUCUGAUGGCACAAAUGACAAAAUUCAAGCUGUGAUUGAGGCAGGAGUUUGCCCACGACUUGUUGAGCUCUUACUUAAUCCCUCUCCUUCAGUGCUCAUUCCUGCUCUCCGUACAGUCGGAAAUAUUGUGACAGGAGAUGAUUUACAGACUCAGUGUAUGAUUGACCAUGGUGCAUUAACUUGCCUUGUGAGCCUGUUGACCCAUAACCAUAAAAAGAGCAUAAAAAAAGAGGCUUGCUGGACUAUCUCAAACAUUACAGCAGGAAACAAGGAACAGAUUCAGGCUGUGAUCAAUGCUGGGAUAAUUGUUCCCCUGGUUAGCCUACUUCAGAAUGCUGAAUUUGAUAUAAAGAAAGAAGCAGCAUGGGCGAUUUCAAAUGCUACCUCUGGUGGUACUCAUGAUCAAAUCAAGUACCUGGUCAGUCAAGGAUGCAUACAACCUUUGUGUGAUCUCCUUGCAUUCCCUGAUCCAAGAAUCAUAACAGUCUGUCUAGAAGGGUUGGAGAACAUUCUGAAGGUUGGUGAAGCUGAGAAGGCUGCUAGUGGCGGAGAGAUUAACAAUUGUGCCCAGUGGAUAGAAGAUGCCGAGGGAUUAGAAAAGAUUGAAAACCUACAGAGUCACGACAAUAACGAGAUCUAUGAGAAAGCAGUCAAGAUUCUUGAGACUUACUGGCUAGAGGAGGAUGAAGAGACACUGCCUUCUGGUGAUGCUACUCAGCAGAAUUUCCAGUUUGGAGGAAAUGAUGUAAAGGUUCCAUCCGGUGGAUUCAACUUCAGUUGAAGCAGGUCUUCAGCUGGUUGGAUGAAGCAAGCAGUUCGUAAUGGGGGCGAUGGUUGAUACAUUGGGGGUCAAAAGUUUGGUCGGACACCUCGUGUGUCCAGUUAUCUAGUUGGUCCAGUUUCACUGUGGUGAACAAUGUGGCAAGGUAAGUCUAUCAAAAAUAUGAUUUCUGAAUAUGGAGGGGGAGUGGUCACUGUUGUGAGACCAAGAAAUUACAGGUGAAGUCAAGUGGUGCAACCUAAUUCCAAGGAAGUUUCUUCCACUCUAAUGGAAGUGUUGGUAGUUGCAUUGUGUUUGUGUCGUGUCUGAAUUUGUUUCGGUUUUUAGAUGGUCGUUAUCUGCUUAGGAUACCGAGUAUUGCUGAACCUCAUUUUAUUAUCUUUUAUUUGCUAGAAAAAUUAAAGAAAUUAGCAGUAUUAUCUUUAUGUGUGUAUUUGUUAUCUAUGGAAACACCUUUUAAUA